AUGGAAUUACUUGAAACGAUAAUAUUUACACUUCAAAUUUCGAAUGUGAUAACGAAAAAACACGUCUCGUCGUCAGAGGAGAGUAUUGAAAAUCUGAUUUACUACAAAGACUGCAACCACAAACGCAAACAAGACGCUCCACCUGUAAAAGAGCUACUAACAAGAACGAAUCCACCACCGCCACCGCAAGAGUGCAAAAUGUACUGUAGCAUGUGCUGCGGAGGCGAAUGUGUGCACGAUCGGUAUCCAUCGAUAAUGAGCAGGCAGUCACCAACGAUGCUAGAAAACAGCAUGCCCAAACCUCAACCAUUCCAACAACCUGUUCUUCAACCCCCUUUGAACCAGAAGGGUAAAAAGAAGCAAACGCAACUAGUUUCAGGACUGCAGCCGCCGAUUGGCGGUAGGAGAAAUGUCGAAUUUACAAGGCAGCAUAUCAAAAGCUUAAUAUCCCAAGAUCAAGAUAUUAGGAAGAUCUUAAAGGACCUUGUAAGGGUGACAAUGCAAAAAGUUGAUUUGCUCGAGAUGAUUAAUUCUAGAAGAAGUGUGAAUGAGGUAAAUUCAGAAGAAAACAAAAGUGAAGCGGAUUCUCUAGAGUAG